UCAGCCACUUGAGCUUGGAGCAGAUGGAGAGAUUGUAGAGGGGUGAAAGGAAGCAAGCAGCAGAAGAGAGAGAAGUGGAAGAAGCCAUGCAGAGAGUGAGGCAGCCCAGCGACGGAGCUUGAUGAACUGAAAUCACUGACCAUCACAAAGCCUCUUUUUCCACUUUCGCUUCCGCUGUCAAGCCCGUGAGAGAGACCCCCGGACCCAGACGGGACAAACCCGAGAGAGACCCCUCUACUUGCCCUCCCAGCCACUGGGGUGAAAACACCAGCCUGGGACGUGGAGAGAAAAAAAAAAGAACAGAAAGAGUUAGACACAAACAGAGCGAGGAGACAUCUCCAGAUGAGAGUUAAAGCAGAGGGAGAGAGGGAGAUGCUCAGAGGGACCCGAUAGUGAAGAGAAAGGCGAAACAAGUGUACCCCUGCCAGGAUUGCUACAGGUGUUGCCUUUGGAGACGGCUCGAGGAAGGGACGACACAAAAAAAAGUCGUCCGCUCAGAAGCUGCCGCAAGUGAAACAGGGAGAGAGAGAGAGAGGGGAGAGAGAGAGAGAGAGAGAGAGAGCAGAUAGUAGCCGAGAUACAGAGCUAGAUAAGCAUGGCCAACUCGGGUCUCCAGUUGUUGGGUUAUUUCCUGGCGUUGGGCGGCUGGAUAGGCAUCAUCUCCACCACUGCCUUGCCCCAGUGGAAGCAGUCAUCGUACGCCGGCGAUGCCAUCAUCACAGCCGUGGGUCUGUACGAGGGGCUGUGGAUGAGCUGUGCCUCACAGAGCACAGGACAGGUGCAAUGCAAGAUCUUUGACUCCAUGCUCUCGCUGGACAUCCACAUCCAGACAUGCCGUGCCCUCAUGGUGGUGUCAGUACUGCUGGGAUUUAUCGGCAUCAUCGUCAGUGUGGUGGGCAUGAAGUGCACUAAGGUGGGGGAUAACAACCCCACCACAAAGACCCGCAUCGCUGUGUCCGGUGGAGCCCUCUUCCUGCUUGCAGGUCUGUGCACGCUGGUCUCUGUGUCCUGGUACGCCACUCAGGUGUCCUAUCAGUUCUUCAACCCAAAUACGCCGCUCAAUGCCAGGUAUGAGUUUGGCUCCGCCCUGUUCGUGGGAUGGGCGGCGGCCAGUCUGACGGUACUGGGUGGUUCUUUCCUGUGCUGCUCCUGCUCCAACGAGGACAGACGAGGGCAGCAGUACUACCGCCAAUCACAGCCUUCCACAGCCAGGGAGGCAGAGUUGUUGAGUGAAACUAGUUUCCCUGACUGAUCAGCCCCCGCCUUUUUAUCGAGGACUGUCUGAGUUCCCACCACUGUCUCUCCCCCCCUCCCUUUUUACCUCCCACACCCCAAAUUUGGACCCCCAUGCAAUAGAACAUGCCCCUCUCCCACUUCCCCUAUCUUAAGUACGCCUGCACCUUAUGAGUAUUUCAUGAGAAACUAAGAUGUCUUGUCUCCUCCCAUAUUGGCCCACCCACUGAGCCUUGUCUGUAAAUAUGGACUCUAAAAAAGGACAUGUACGUGACGGUUGUAGUCCUUCUUUUUAAGAAGUGAGGUGGGCUUCCUCCACUUCAACCUGUGAACCCUCUACUAGACCUCCCAUGCCCCCUCCACCCCCCUCUGUCCCACUGUUGACUGAACGUUAACUGUACGAGUUGAAAAAUGUUGAGUUAUGAUUUCGCUUAUAUCCUAUGACUUCUGGGUUUGUGUAGAUGUGCCUUUUUUUGGAGUUUUGUUUUAUUCUCAGUGAAUAAUGUACGUACAUUUGACUGAAAUUUGUUUUUUUUUCCCUUUUGAAUUGCAGACCAAAUGUUAAAAGUACCCCACCAGAGAAAAGGGAGCAGUACUUGUAGUUUGGGAGAGUCUUCUGGCCUUACCAUGGUUUUAGAUUCUGGCAACAGACAAAACCCUCUCACUGAGAAAAUCAAAACAGACACGACUGAAAUGAAGUCGAGAAAACAGGAACGGUUCAAGCAUAUUGCUCCAACAUCGGUUUAAAAGAGUCUUUCUUAGAGCUCGUGAGAGGCAGGCUGUUUGGAGAGGUUUUUGUGCGACGUGUCCUCAAAUGGAUUGAUAAUUUUCCGUCUUGUCUGUUUUGUUUUUGGGAGAGACAGUCAUUCAGGGUAUGUUUUCUAUAACAUGUUAAAAUGCCCAGGUGUAUAUACCACCUACUCUAUUUUUUUUUUAUUUUUACUACAUAUAUAAUGUUUUACUACAGUGCCUUAUUAUAACACGUGUUUGUGCACAUGUAUGUUUUUGACUACAUGGAUUUCUAUAGUGUCCCAUCCCAUCUGAGGGAUGUGCGUCCAUUGUUCCUCUGCAAGCAGUUAUGUAUGCCUUUUUCUAUUGUAUUACAUAUAUCAUGUCAGCAUUUUGUUGGAUAUCUGAAAAUGAAUGUGUAGCUACUGUACAGUACCACUUAUGAAACAACAAAGACAUGCAAACA